AUAUGUAUAGGGUCCCCAGAUUCAUUGAAAAAAAUCUGGUAACCUUAGUCUGGACCGCUUUGUUUCUUGACUAAAACGUUGACGGGUAUUUCAGGUGCCAGGGGCCUUCCGAGAGGCUGCUGUGACCUUCGCUGGAAAUGUGGAGGCAUCGCCGGAAACAACCCAGAGGCAGCUUGGUGGGGAGUUCAAGCGGGGAAAUGAGGGGGUCUCCAGCGUGCUGGGUAAGGGCUCACCCCCCGCCGUGAAUUGUCGUUUCAAACGCGCCAGCAUAUACAACAGGGAGAACACACUUUCCAGGAAGGGAAACUCCCAGGAGCUGAAAACUGAAAAAGCGAAACUUAAGGGACUCUUCAGCACGAGGGAGCCAUGGCUGCUGCAGGGGGUCACAUCCAGCGUCUCCGUGAUGAAGCCACUUGCCCCAUCUGCCGAGAUUACUUCAAGGAUCCAGUGACCAUCCCAGAGUGUGGGCACAACUUCUGCCGAUCCUGCUUGGCCCAGUGCUGGGGGGAGGCAGAGGCUUCCUGCCCUCAGUGCAGAAAAAGAAUCCAGAGAAGGAGCCUCGUCUGCAACUGGCAACUGGCUAAUAUGGUGGAAAUAGCCAAGAAUCUCGGCUUUCAAGAGGGAAAGGAGGAAGGAGGGAAAGGGAGAAUCUGCGAGAAGCACCAGGAGCCCCUGAAGCUCUUCUGCAAAGUCCAUGAAGCCCCCAUCUGCCUGGUGUGUGACAGAUCCAAGGAACAUGAAAAUCACAAGGUGAUUCCUCUGGAGGAGGCUUCCGAGGAAUACAAGGGAGAGAUCUGUCACCACCUGGAGAUUCUGAGGAAAGAGAGAGGAAAUUCUGGCCUAUCGAGCAGAUCUGGACAAGGAAAGCAAAGACCUCCUGAAAUUAACAGAAACAGAGAGGCUGAAGAUUUGUGGAAGAAGUUCAGAGAACUGCGCCAGUUCCUGGAAAGAACAAGAAAAAGGUCUGCUGAAUCAUAUGGAAGAGGUGGAGAAGGAGAUUGCAGGGAGAAGGGAUGAGCAGCUGGCCAGACUCUCCAGGAA